AUGCCGGUCUAUCACAGUGUAGUGGUGGAGGCCGAUGGAAAGGAUAAUGGAAAAACGCUGUAUAUUAUGCCCAGAGACAAACCUGAAAAAACCCAGAAAAAGAAGCGGUUAGGCACCUUUGCCAAGGUACUUCUUGGUGGCGCCAUCGUUCUAAUUUUGAUCUUCCUCAUUGCAUCGCUUGGACAGUAUCUCUACGAAGCAUUCGGACCGGAACCAGACAAAUCCAUGGAAACCUUCGAAAACACGCAUAAGGAAUUCCAGCCGAACGAGAAAUCCGAAAUUUCCAGAUUUUUAACUUCUAAAUUCACGAUUCAAGCUGUUGCUGUUGUUUUAUUAGCAAUUCUGGGCAAAUUUUUCUGGGGAGAGGAUGAUGAUGAAUGA